AUUUUUUUGUAGUUUUUUUUUUUUUAAGUUGGACCAUAGAAACAAAAUUUUAAGGACGUUAAGCCACUUUGUUCACACUAUUUGUGUGUUUUGGAUUUCUCUUGUACCCAAGAGAUUUUAAGAAAUUAAAGAUUAACAUUUUAGCCACAAUGUGAUUCUGGUUUUACAACAAGACAAGCAGCUUAGAUUUAAAAAAAAAUCUACAAUGACGUUAUUUAGGGUCUUGUGCAAAUGUAGUGUAGCUCAAUAUAACCAUUUAAACUAAGCACCUCAUGUGGCUGUGAUCAGGCACUGAGUUGAUUUAGGAUGUGCCACAGCUACUGUACAGUGUGAUAUCAUAUUAGUCCUGACAAAUGCGUGUGGGUGUCCACCAGAUCACUCACAAUUUGUUUCUAGAUUGUUAACUGUGUCUCCCAAUGAGAAACCAUGAGGUAAUUUGACAAAGAUACAUGGAUCUGUGCAUGUGUAUUUGUGUGUCCUAGUGUCAUCUUUCUGAUUCAGAAACUAAUCAGGGCUGACUGUCCUUUAACCUUCUACUUGCCAAAUAUAGAUUUCUCUAUAUCCCCACCCCUCUGUGAUGUCAGAGAGAUCAGUGAAUUUCUUGGAAGUUAUACAUAUCUUCUCUGAUUUUCACUUCCCUCAGCCUUUUAUUUUAUGUUGUGUAAUCUAGUCUAGCGUUAAUGCGAUAUAAUCUAUCAGUUAAUCUAGUGUAGGUUUCAUGCUUUAUAUUACAGUACAUAAACCAGUCUUUAGUGUUAUAUAGCCUACCUCAGCAUGCAUGUGUAACAACCUGUGCUUAUCUUCAACUGUUGUUGUCAUUGCAUUGAGACUGUUAACAGACAAUAUACUUGUUCAGGUUGCUACAUUUUCAGCAUUAAUGUCAAACGCAUGAACAUUAAUGUUUCUGUGUGUUUUGCCUAAGUGCAUUUGGCUGUGGUGACAAGCAGGCAUGUCUGUUAUGUAACCUGUAAAGUUGCCUGAUUGAGAGGGUUAACAUGCCAACAUGGCAAUAAGAGAACUUUUCAUUUAUUAGGAGCCUAGACAGGUUGAUGAAGGUUCCCCCUUAGGUAUCAAAAAGUAGGACAUAGUUAGCUAUCCAAGAACAGUUAUGAAACCCUCCAACCACAGGCCAACUACAUUAGUGCGAAAAGGAAUUUAUUUCCUGUCAGUAAUUUUCGGUGAGAAGCUGAGGUUCCUCUCGAGCAAUCAAUAUUGUGCAAAAUUAGUGUUCAAUAAGAUAUCAUUCUAGGUUGCUAUGGUUACCUCGUCGCGAACGCGAAUUCUUCAGCGUACAUCGUGUAGCGCGCUCUAACAACCUUGUAACUUUUGUGGCAACUGAAAUGUUGUUUACAACGUUUUAAAUUUCAACCUUUAUGGAAUGUAUGGGGUCCGAGUCGGAGCCAGUAUUUUAAAGAGAGUGAGGCGCUGUCCAAUUAGAGUCUUAUGUGUCGAAUAACGGGCGUAGUGGCGUCACAGCUUUUGGGAGGAACCACGUGUCCUGCAAAAAAUAGCCGGUCACGGUUCCCCUCUUGAGGCAGCGCUCAGCCAGAACUGACCGGUAAGAUAACAGACUACCGACGGACUCACAAGUCACAGCUGUCAGCCGGGGCUGUCAUUCUCAUCGAAAACAUGGUGAAAAAGACUAAAAGUCCCGUCACUUACGCAAAAAUGAAGGGAAUCGUUUCAUAUUUUACAGCUUUAAUUAAGGACAAGAAGCUCCGAUCCAGUCACCCUAUCUAUCGACAGAUGGAUUUCUUGCGAUCUGAGGGUAGUCUUUCUGAAGAUGACGGAGCAGCAGCUGUUUGUUACAGUAAUCCACAAUCAGAGGAGCCACAGUCUCGGGUAUCUGCGGCUGAUUUUGACUACUUGAAGGUGAUCGGGACAGGAAGCUUUGGCAAGGUGUUCUUGGCCACACACAGGGAAAAUGGCAGAUAUUACGCGGUUAAAGUUCUACAGAAACACAUCAUCUUAACAAGGAAGGAGGAAAGAAAUGUCAUGUGUGAGCACAGAGUGUUGUUAAAGACUGUUAAUCAUCCAUUCCUGGUGAAGCUCCACUUCAGUUUUCAGACUAAGGACAGACUCUAUCUAGUGCUGGACUAUGCAUGUGGAGGAGAGCUUUUUUACCAUUUGCAGAGAGAGGGGGUGUUUGGAGAGCCCAGAGCCAGAUUCUAUGCUGCUGAGAUGGCCUGUGCUUUAGGAUACUUACACUCCCUGAAGAUUGUCUAUAGGGACCUGAAACCAGAAAACAUUCUGCUGGAUUCUGCAGGUCAUGUGGUUCUGACCGACUUUGGCUUGUGUAAGGAAGGAAUGAGUGGACGUGGCACCACCAGAACCUUCUGUGGAACGCCGGAGUACUUAGCACCUGAGGUUCUGCUGCAGAAGGAGUACGACAGGACUGUGGACUGGUGGGGUUUGGGAGCUGUUCUUCAUGAAAUGCUUUAUGGCCUGCCACCAUUCUACAAUGCAGAUCGUCUUGAGAUGCUCAGAAAUAUUAUUUAUCAGCCAUUGGUAUUGAAACCCGGAGUGUCUAGUGCAGCCAGAGAUCUGCUAAAGAGACUGCUAAACAGGGACAGGGCCAAGAGACUAGGAGCAAAACGUGACCUGACGGAGGUGCAGUCUCAUCCAUUCUUCUCAUCUAUUCAUUGGGAUAAACUUGUUGCAAAGCAAAUUCCUCCUCCUUACGUUCCCUUAUUGUCUGGCCCUGGUGACCUCACCAACAUUGACCCUUGGUUUACAGAACUUCCUGUUCCGCAGUCGCUAGGAGCAUGUGAGGAGUACGGAGCAACCUUUCCUGGCUUCACCUACAGCAAUGAAAACAUUCUCUCACUGACUCGUGGACAUUAAGACAGAAUUCUGUCAGACCAAUAGACGUUUUGUCUGAAUAUCUUUCUAAAGAUGGAUGUUUAACUUAAGCAAACUCUGAAACACAGUUCAUUUUUAUGUUAGCUGGACCAAUGCUUUUGCACAAGACUACAAAGUUUCUAUCAAAGGUGACUGUGCGUUUUUUUUUUAACACUCAUGUUAUUUAAUUCCUUUUUUAGCCCUAUUUGAUAAAAAAGAAGACAUUUGUACUGAAAUACAGUGAUUAGUGGCGUUCUAACAAUACUGUGAUGAGAUGAAGUGAGACUGCAGGUUGCAUCAGAGGAAGUUGUGAGAUGGAAUGAAUAUUAAAUCUCAAUGUUAAUGAAAUUGUGUAUAGCAUUCAGAUGGCAUUGGUUAAAUGUUUUUGAUGAAACCGUAUGAUCUGUAAAAGAAUGUCCAUUCUUGGAGGAAUUGUGGAAACAAUUAAAUUAUUAUAACCAAA